AUGUCAGUUGAAUUUCCAAUUCAGGCUGUAAUUGGGGAUAAGGACUUGUUGCACAACUUAAAAGAAUUAGGAAACCCAUGGAUAUGUUUGUCACUUAAGAUAUGGAGGAAGGUAAUAUCUCAAAGUAACCUGAAAGAGGGGGUAAAGGUCCUGAGAUGGUGUGCAUUUGAUACCGAUUUUUUGCCUAAUAGAUGGGACGCAAGAUUUAAGAGAUGGACUUUGCAAGGCUUAACAGCAUACUGUACAUUCUUACAUAAGGGGACUAUGAAUAAUUUUCAAAAUCUAAAGGAGCAGUUUGGUUUAGAUAAGGAUGACUUUUAUAGAUUCCUCCAGGUCCGGCACUACAUAGAGCAAAUGCUGAAGAGAUGUACAAUAAUAGACCAGGAUAACAUAUUAUUAAAAGUGUUUAUAGAGGCUUAUCAGGCUGCUUCUAAUCGGAAGCUCAUCUCAAGAAUAUACAAAGGGCUACAACAAACAAAAGGUAGUUUACUAUAUAUAAAACAAAAGUGGGAACAGGAAGGAAAUCUUGUUCUGAAGGAAGAAGAUUGGGCAAACUUAUGUGAGAUACAGUGGGAAACUUCCAGUUCAUCUUUAUGGCGAGAGUUUUGUUGGAAGAACCUUAUAAGAUUUUUCAUUACUCCAGCGCAAAAGAAACAUUACACCAAUUCUGCUGCAUGCUGCCAGAAAGAAUCUGUCUCUACCAUCUCUACUGUGGGGCUACAUUGUCGCAGUUCCUUUAUCGCCCUUCUUCUCCUGGAGUGGGUGACCAAUCUCAGGGCGUCGAAAAUGACCGAGAUGACCCUGAGGCAUUACCUGAUCAAUGUGGCCCAGUUCCGUCCACGAAACCCCUCCGCCGACCUCCCGCCUGUCAAAGAGAUCCAUGCUGGGGAUCAGGCGGGAGGUCAGGGCCCUGCUCAAGGGCCUCCGUAG